CUCGCGGUGCACUCAUUGAACGGCAUUGAAUACGCGCGAGUGUCGCAUGCUGUGUAUACUUAUAGUGAUAGUGAACCAACCGAUAGCAUUUUCGAUUUUCUAAAUCCGCUCUUGUGCUUUCCGCGAGUAGCUCGUUUGUUCGUUGUCCCGCACGCAGGGCAUUUUAUCAAAAAAAUUUUACAGUUGGCGUUUGAUAACUGCAACAUGUUUACGUUUCACUCAUCGAAUGAAAUUCGAUAUCAACUAUAAUAACUGACACACGUCAAAGAACUCUCAAUUGCUGCAGAAUGCAGCCAAUGUGCAUCGGAGAUUAAAUAUCGUAUUGCAACAAAAGUGAACGCUGUCGACAUUUUUUAUUUUGACGAAUAGUGGUGCGAUAACUGCAAAAUUGUUGCAUUUGGCGAAUUCAGUUAAUUACCUGUAACUGCAUCGAGAUUAUACAACAAAAAAAACGCGUUUGUACCUUGAAGGUAAAUAGAGGAAACAUGAAAGAGACAUUGGCAGUUAUUGCCAUGGCGGCCAUCAGUAUUGCACUUUUUGCGGCAAAUUUUGCAUCGGCUGAUCCUGGCGACCAAACUGACGACAGUGGCAUCAACCCAAACUGGGUGACACCGGGCCAUUAUCACCAUGACAACUCCACGCAAGAAGCUUCUUGUCCUCCCCCGGUAGUAGAGGCAUGCAAAUGUCCCAUCCUGCCGGAUUGUCCUGUGUUUGAUCUGGUUGAAAGCGGUCCCUCGACACAGGAAGAUCUGCAGAGAACUUCCAUGUAUUACCGGAAGUUUGUUAGGAGAAUUUUCGAUAAACGACGGCUACAACCCGACUUGUCCGAUGAGUCAUUUAUGAUUAGGAGUAUCCAGUUCAGAUUAUCCAAGCAACAAGUGGAAAAGUUGAAGGAAGCUCGUACGGCAAGCGAAACAGACAAUGUCGUGUCUGAAAUAGUGGAGCAAUCGGGAGAAAAUGUUUACUACGCCAUGGCUGAGGGUUCAUGCGACAGUUUAUACUCCUUUAUCGUUGCAACUAAGCUGAAUACCAUCCUUCUAUGCGUCUUGGUUGCGAUCCUUAUGAUCGUGGCGAUAUCGAAAAUUUGCAACAUUUGGUGGUUUUAUGUGGCAUUAUUGAGCAUUCUGAUCAUAGCAUACAGCAUGACAUACCGAGACUGCAACAAUCGGCUGGAAGUAGAAUCGCUAGUCACAGCAUUCAAGUAUGAUCAAAAAAACCCUUGCUUAGGUUUGUCCUCUUUGUUCAGCUCCAUCACCAACAAGAUCUCCGACCGCGAAAAUAACUGUAAGAAUUACCUUCAGCAUUUACACGGAUUAGAACGCAAUAUUUGUGAUCCUUUGGAGGUUACCGUCGAAAUGUUCGGCCGAAUACCAACAAAGUACUUCGGGAACAUCGUGGAUGAGAUAAUUUCCAUAAUCAAUUCUGCGCACCAGAAGUUUGGUUGGCUGGGACCUCUACGUAUCACGGUUGUCAUUCCGGUUUUCAUCCUGGGGCUCGUUAUGAUCUGUUCUAAGUUCUCACUGAUAGCCAUUUUUAUAAAUUGGAUCCGCAAUAGACUGAUCACGCCAGCCAUUGCUACAGCGACCGAUCAACCAGUAGGGUUGACGAAAUAAAUGACGAAGCAUAACCGGAAGCUUUGAUCGCACCAAAUGGAAAACAGCGACGACAGUUCCAGCUGUUGGUAGCUUCAGCGUAACGGUCACGGAUUUGUACUACGGAUCUACCGGACCGAUCAACGUCUUGGAAUUCGUGACACGAAAAAAGAUAACUCAGAUUGCGUUUUGUCAACAACUUUAAUCUAUGGACAUUUAGUACGGACUGGAUAAACAAACAUCUAUAGUCAUAACACAGAGAACAGACAUCCAAGUCCAGUUCCGAAACUGUGUAAGAAAUUUAACGGCCAUUUGAAAUCGGCAACACAAGUGGCAAUAGCGUGGCGCUGCAAUCGGUUAAUUUCCCAUACUAAUUUAAUUCACCACUUGAAAUGUUUCAAUUCACCACUGACUGUGGCAAUAUGGUGUUUGGUGGCGUUAGUGUUGUCAUCGUGUAUUGGUUUGCAACCUUACUCAAGUAAAGAUUCAAAUCCCUACACAACUUUCCGAAUGAAAUUUGCUCUAGCCUGGAUGUCUGUUCUCUGUGGUCAUAAUCAUAUCAACAGUUUUGCUUCGUUAGUUGUUUCUCUCACAAACACAUACACAUAUGAACAAUCACAAUCAUCUGUCAUCAUCGGAAUCAUCAUCGACCACGGCGGUGACCCUUCGCUGAUCUCACCAGGGGGCUGUCACUACUCUUUUCCGACACCAGCGAGUUUGAAAAUGUUAUUUCAAUUCAGGGCCAGUUUUCGGAACAAAUCCGGCAAGCAAAAUCAGCGGAUGAAGUUGUAACCAUUUGUUACUAAUUUUUAUUUUCUAGUGUUCUUGUCUUGUGAACAAUUAGGUACGUCUCUAGUAUUAGGUGGUGUUGGAUUUGUUUAGGGUUAGUAUGUUAAAAGAGGGUCAAUAUUUGUAAGGCAAUUCAACUUUUAAAUUUGUAUGAUUCUAAUUGGUAGCCUAUUUUGUCCGAGAGCCCAUAUUGAAAAAACUGUUCAAAACUAGGAUGUAAUGUUGCAUUUUGCGCAUUUAAUUGACCACUGGACCAUAGACUAAUUUCAAGACCUCGAUGUACCAAAGAAAACGAUCAAAUUUUCGGGGACCAGUCCGGUACCCAAUAAAUAUUCAUAACCGUGUAUUUUUUUCCGUGUAAAUUGCCUUUUGUGUAAAUUUUAUUUAGCGUGUUACACUGAUCUGACAGCUCUGACAGUAAGGGACUAAACAUAAAUUACGUAAAGUGAGUACCGAGGAUUGUUCACAAUCUGCGAACUUGACUGCGGAAAAAAUUGCGACCAUGACGCCGCUGACUGGACUAUUGCAGACAUAUGCAACCUCAGCGUGCUCAGCGCUAAACAAACAAGUUCAACCUAAUGACUAGAUGUACAGUAGACGUUCGAUAACUGCAACAUGUUUACGUUUCACUUAUCGAAUGAAAUUCGAUAACUGCAACAACUGACAGACGUCAAAGAACUGUCAGUUGCUGCAGAAUGCAACCAAUAUGCAUUCGGAAAACAUCGCACUGCAACAAAACUGCACGGGGAAAACAUCGCAUGGCUGUUGACAUUUCAUUUUGACGGAUAGCGGUGCGAUAACUGCAAAAUUGUUGCACUUAGCGGACUUGCACUUAAAAAGCAUUGCAGUUAAACCGUUUGCACCGAGCGAACGUUUACUGUAUAGUACGGUUAGCUAAUCUCUCCCAAACCAAAUCCUCCUAGGACCUUUUUAUGUGUCGCUAUUUUUUUCAUCUUCACUGACAGGAAACCAUUCACAAUCGCUUGUUGAAUUUAAUUGCUCAUAUUUAUAAAAUACAUGUAAAAUUCCUUUUAAAUAACACUUCAAUCACUCUCCUCGUUCAUUGAUUUUACGGCCAAUUUUAAAAUUAAAUAGUCGGCCAACCGCCCAUCCAUGGCGCUCGCAUCGGUUUUGUUCGAGUGUGACGUUUACUCGCAAUCGCCAUCUUCAAUAAACGUUCGAUCGAUGCAAACGCUUUAACUUCAAGUCUUGCUGCAAGUCCGCUAAGUUACAGAGAACAGACAUUCAAGUCCAGUUCCAAAACUAUGUGUAAAGUAUUUAACAGUCAUUUCAAAUGACAACACGAGUGGUAACAUCGUGAUGGCGCUGAUAUCGCGAAGUUCACACGCUGAUGUCAGUGGUUGGUGAAUAUAAAACUUAUCUAGGUACAGUAGCCGUUCGAAAAAUGCUACAUGUUUACGUUUCACUUACCGAAUGAAACUCAUAACGUCUCAUAACUGUCAGUUGCUGCUGAAUGCAACCAAUAUGCAUUCGAAAAACAUCGCAUUGCAACAAAAGUACAUGCGAAACACAUUGCAUCGCUGUUGACAUUUCAUUUUGACGGAUAGCGGUGCGAUAACUGCAAAAUUGUUGCACUUAGCGCACUUGCAGUUAAAAAGCCUUGUGGAAAAGCGUUUGCACCGAGCGAACGUCUACUAAGCUACUCGGUACAAACGCUUUAACCACAAUGCUUUUAAACUGUAAUUGCGCUAAGUGCAACAAUUUUCCAGUUCUCGCACCGCUAUCCGUCGAAAGGAAGGGUCAACAGUGAUGCGAUGUUUACCGCAUGCACUUUUGUUGCAAAGGAAUGUUUUCCGAAUGCACAUUGGUUGCAUUCAGCAGUAUAACUGAUAGUUCUUUGCCGUCUGUCAGUUGAUGCAGUUACCGAAUUUUAUUCGAUAAGUGAUGAUGCAGUUAUCGAACGUCUUCUGUAGUUCUUUGCCGUCUGUCAGUUGUUGCAGUUAUCGAAUUUCAUUCGACAAGUGAAACGUAAACAUGUUACAGUUAUCGAGCGUCUACUGUAUUUGAAAUCUUUUUUGCCGCAAUGAGAAUUUCUCAUUGUUUUUGUUGAGUGGCAAUGAGCACACCUUCAUCUGAACUACAUUGGCUCACCCCUCGGCAUCAUACCUCUAUGCGCGCAAACCAGGGGACUGUUAUGGUCUUCUUGUUUUCUUACCCAGCAUUAAAACUAUGCUGCUGUGUUAAAAGAUAGGGUGUCAGCUUGAGCCCUACGCUUGAGCCGCUGUUAUGCUGGCUACGAAAACAUUGCAUUGGUGGGAUAGGGAUGCCAAUUCCUUGGCGCAAACCUCUGAAUGAGCCUGACAACAGAAAGCGCGGAACGACGACCAACCUCAUCCCAAUCGAACGAACGGUCGUCGCGUUAACAAUUUUCCUUGUAACCGUUAUUGAAUAAAAGUUUCCCGCUCGAAAGUAGUUUUCCCCGCGUGUGAAUUAUCCUCCUCCGAAAGUCCUGACGCAGUUUAUCCACUGUUCGCCCAAUCCGCCGUCAGCUUUUAGCGGACCUGCAAUAGUAUACAGAGGUAUACAGCGCACCACACGCUAAGAAAAUGUUACUCUAAAAUGAGUAAGAUUCACACAAAACUGAGCUAAACUGGAACAGCUCAAAAAAUGAGUAAAUUGCAUUUCCAGCGAUAGCGCUGGCCCAAGUGUAAAAAUCCAACCAAUUUAGGCCGUAUAAUAUUCUUCACAUCAGCAAGAAUAUUAUACAACUUAAACUGAUGAGAUUUUCGCACUUGGGCCAGCGCUAUCGCUGGCAAUAAAAUUUACUCAAUUUUGAGUUGUCCCACUUUAGCUCCAAAAUGAGUGAAUUUUCUGACCGUGCACUUCCGAAGUUCGGUCCGACGUUUUGAUUUGGAGUAAAAUCAAUUUUCACUAGGUAGUCAAAAACUCCGACUUUCAACUCAAUUGAUAAGGGCCUGUCCAUAAACUACGUAGACUCUUAGGGAGGAUGGGGUGGUGGGUCUGGCCAAAGUUUACGCUCCAUCCAUUUCGAAAACUUUGUAUGAACAAACGUCUACGAGGGGGGCGGGUGGUUCUGAGAUAGCCAAAAAAUGAGUCAACGUAAUUUAUAGCAUUUAUUAUUGAUCAUAUAGACACUACAGUAGACGUUCGCUCGGUGCAAACGGUUUAACUGCAAUGCUUUUUAACUGCAAGUCCGCUAAAUGCAACAAUUUUGCAGUUAUCGCACCGCUAUCUGUCAAAAACAAAACGUCAACAGAGUUGCGAUGUUUUUCGGAUGCACUACAGCUGCAUUGCGAUGUUUUUGAGUGCACUUUGGCUGCGUCCAACAGCAUUAGACAACUGUUUGACGGCUGUCAGUCGUUGCAGUUAGCGAAUUUCAUUCGGUAACUGAAACGUAAACAUGUUGCACUUAUCGAACGUCUACUGUAUUGAAACGAAUCGUCAAUUUAUCAGUGCCGGGCCGACUCAGGGCACAAGAGACUCCGGCAAUCCCAGGGUCGGCUAGCUACCGGGUAAUCAAGGGCGGUUCGCGAUACAAAAACUAAACACUCGGAACUUUCACGUUACUUAUAUAAUUUAUUAAAGUUCCUAAUUUGUGGCGUGUGCGUGUUCCCGAAUAAAAAAUACAGUAGAAAAACCGAACGUUGUAUUGUAACAGUACUAUUUAGAACCAUAUUUUUACAAUAGACACCACUGUAAAAAUAAAAAUACAAAAACAAUAAGAUGUAAUGUAGACACCCAUACCGUGAAUUGUAAAUAAGAUUUUUACAAUAUACUAUACGGGUUGUUAAGUAUCGUAACAAUAUAAAAAAAUAUUUUUCUCCAUAUAUAUUUUUUUGCAAAACCAUACAUUUUAUUGUUAAUGAAUUGUUCAAAAUACUGAUACGUGGGUUAAAAUAUACCGUACAUUGUAUGGUACAUGAAUGGUUUCAAACAAUAAAACGUACCGUAAAUAAAUUGUUUUUAAUUGUAAUUUCACUACUGAUUAUACAUUUAAUCAAAUGGUUUUGGAAUGGUUCUCUUUUGUUAUGUUGUAUUGUUUUACAUUACAUAAACCAUAUAUUGUUAUAUUAUCUUGACAUUUUCCUCCUGUUAAUGGAAUCUUAUUAGAUUUAUUAGAAUGCGCUUUGGGAAUUCUCCAGAGCGUUUUGGAUAACCCUUCAUAUAUAGGAUCGCCCACGUCUAAGUCUGAGUAGUCUCUGAUUGCAUUAACAGUUGAAGCUUGGUCUCCCAUGCCCCACCAGCCAGAUAACCGGGUUUUGCAAACUAAGCAUUAUUUGUGGCAACACUUUGAGCGGCAUGAUGGAACUAUGCCGAGCGCGCUAAGUGUUAUUAGACCACUAAUGUAGUUGCAUGAAGUGGGUGACGAGAUACAUAAGUAUCAUUACAGCGUGCUUAACCGUUAUUGCAAUAUUGAGGCACCAGUUUGACUAAAGUUUGAAAUACAUAACAACUCAUGAGAUAACUGUCAAGUUUGAUUCAAAUAUAAGUUAAGUUAAAAAGCGAACCCACAGACGAACCUAUAUUAGAAGUCAUUUCAGUGAUCAGUCCAGUCCAUAUAUUAAAGAUGGCUCUACGUCAAAGAUAAAGUUUGUCAAUCGCAUUUGAUUCGAUUGUGGUCGAAGGCAAGUUCACAUGAGAGAAGAGGAGAAAACUCCCCUAAAUGCAAAUACAGAAAGAAUAGUGUUGAACUCAUCCACUGAUUUACGGUAAUCUGACCCGAGAUCUGACUUGCAUCUUUCCGGGUUGGCCUACAUUCGUAUUUCUCUCAUCGCACUCUACACACCUAGCCCGCCAUAUCUCUUGGACCCCUGCUUGGAUCUGCAGCGCCGCGCAACGGGAGCAUAACCACAUACUCUGAUAUGACCGUUACAAAGUUUUACACAAGGCAGAAAGCGAAAAUAGACGUCUGUUCUCUGUGGUUUCAACUUAUUCACUUUUUUCUCUUUCCUUUCCUUUGCAUCAAAAAAGUCACAAACAUCAACAAAACAAAGCACGGAAAAAAUCUUAAACUGAAUAAAUAAUUAAAAAUUCACGGAAAAAUUAUGUUUCGGAAAAGUGAAUGGUUCAAACGUAAGAAAAACAGUAUAAUAUAUUGAUACAUAAAAAUCCAAUGUAAAUGUAUAGUAUAGCGAACCAUUUCAUUACAAUACACUUUAUUGUAGCUGGUACAAUGUAUGGUGCAGGAAUGGUUUUCACCAUACACCCUAUGGUUAGUUUUUAUCCGGGUUGUUCUGUGUAUAAUUUUAGUGUAAAUUUGUUCAUGUGUGACCUAUUCUAAUGGUGGUACCGGUACAUACCGCUGCUUCUGGUUGAUGACGCGUACGGUGGCCGACAUAGCGACUCCUGUCCAGCUGUGCGGCCGGAAAUCUCGCCGGAUCGCAAGGCGAGCGAGGCCGGUACUCGGCCGACGGGACCAGCGGGCGUUGCUGGGGGGUUUAUAGGCGUCUUUCCUCGUGGGCGUAAUCGACCGACCGUGGCAUGGCCACCUUGGGAAGUCGAGAGUGGAAGGCUCCUUUUUUGUCCAUGUUGGGGACAUAAUGCCACUGCGACCAUUAAUUUGAUCUAUUGUGGCGUCAUCCUCUUCAUUUUUUUUUUUAUUGCCGUACUGAAAAGAACCGACACUAUCAGGAGUGACUAUCCUCACAGCAAAUGGCGUUUGUCCCAAUCAGGUACCGCAUUUCGCAUGAAACUUAGUACAUGUUUGGGAUGAGAAGCCCAAAUUUCCUGAGGCCCCAUUAGGCCCCUUUCCAGAAAUCUGCAGCGCUUGUGAUAAAGUGCAACACACUCGCACAAUAAAUGCUCAGACGUUUCAGUUUACAAAAUCGACAUUUAUCUUCUUGCAAUUUACCAAUCAAUUUCAGAUAGUAUUUGCAAGGGCAGUGGCCAGUUAUUAGUCCAGUGUAAGUACUUAGGUCAUUUUUGUCCAGGUCUAUUAGCCUUAGUGUGUUAAGGCUUUUUACGGCAUCAUCAGCAUCGGCAGCCAUGUUCAUUAUGUGGCUCGAAAUUUCAAAGUGAUAAAUCUCAGCCACGAAAGCGAAUAUUCGUAUGAAAAAGUAUUAUACCAUAUUCUCACUCGCAGUGAUUACGAUGAUACUUUUUCAGCUGCGUUACUGCAGAAUUAACAGUUUUUUAUCACUUCAAAAACGCGAGGCAAACAAUCAUUGAAAAGCAAAAAUUCAAUGAUUCGUUUGAAAGCUCAGUGAUGCAUCAUGACACCGUAAUGGCGUCUGGUGUGAUGAAUCGCUUAGAUUGACGAGAAUCAGUUAUGUUCAUCCAGUUACGCUUAAUUUAAAAUUCUUCCAAAAUCUUGAAUUUCAUUUUUAAGGCACUUGGAGCCAAUCCAAAAAAUGACUCCGGUCCUAUGAAUUGAGUGGAUGACCCUUGUUUUGCCAACUGAUCAGCCUUUUCAUUUCCUUCUAUACCGCGAUGCCCAGGAACCCAAUACAGAUUAACCUUAUUGCGACAGGACAAUUGCUGCAGUAGCUUCGAGCAUUCCAAGACUAGUUUCGAGGUAUACACUUUGGACUUCAAAGCAUUCAAUGCUGCUUUGCUAUCCGAACAUAUACAAAUAUUAGCAUUUCUAUAGCACCUUUUGAGACAUAUGUCGGCACAUUCCAAAAUAGCAUAGACUUCAGCCUGGAAGGCCACCUUCCCAGUGGCAAUGAAACGUUGACACCAGGGCCAAAAAUACCAGCCCCAACCAAAUUGUCUUGUUUUGAGCCGUCAGUGUAAAAAACAGUUGAACCAGAUCGAAAAUCUGGCUCCCCUGUUUCCCAAUCCUGACGAGUCACAUCAGCAACACAAAAUAGAUGACCAAAAAAGUUACGCUUUAUCAUGUAAUCUUCAUUGACCAAAUAUACUGGGUCGAUUUCGAAAGUCUUUAGUAUGCUCAUAUGCCCUCUAAGAUUAUAAUCAUUGAGAUUUAAGGACCUUCUCAUACUUAGACCACUUUUAGCAGCUGUUAUUUGAAUACAAUCAUGCAAUGGCAGAAGAUUUAGCAUUGCAUCCAAACCUUUUGAUGGGGUGCUAUGCAUUGCCCCAGUUAGUGAAGCUGUUGCAAGCCUUUGUAGCUUGUUUAAUUUUGUUUGAGUUGUUUGGUCUUUUCCCACCAAAUAAUAGAAGCAUGAGUAAUAAUGGGUUUCACAAUGGCCAUAUAAAUCCAAAGUAUCAUCUUCGGCUUCAAGCCCCAUUUCCUCCCAAAAGUUCUUUUACAGCCCCAGAAAGCAUUUCUAGCUUUUUGUAACUGUUUUUUCACAUGUUUAUGCCAGCAGAGUUUACUAUCUAGUACAACUCCUAAAAAUUUGACAUCUAGAGAUAAAGCUAAUUUGACAUCUCCUACCCGGAUAAAAAAUUACCAUUCAUUACAUAGUAAAUAUUAUUAACAUAUGACUGGUUUUAUUGUUCACAAUAAAACACAUAGUAGAUAUAUUGUUACUUUUUACAAUAGAAAUCAAGCCCAUAUAGUUCGUACAAUAAGUGAACAUUAGCUUUAUUAGUGACUAAUUGAUUCGAUUGUUUUUUAAUAGUUCUGAAGCUCGAUUUGAAUAGGUCGUAUGUGCUUUCAUCGAUAUAAAAUUCGAUCAGUUGAUUUUAGUAAUAGUAGAAAUAUGGAUAUUGCUUUUAAUGAUAAAACGGAAAGCCUGUUUUGUAAGGAAUCGGUUGUAUGUAUAGGAGGCAAUCAGUGGAGUACUAGAUUGAAAGUAGUGAGCUGGAUUUUUGUAUGGUGAGAUGAUCAAUUCUCCACUUCUGCAAUGAAAUGGAGCAAACAGCGUGGGUUAUAUGAUUUCUUGACUAAUUUGAUGCUAUUUGAGCAAAAGUUUGGGUAACUGUGAUGUUGUAUCAUUUAUUUCUUGCAACUUAAACAACACAGUUACCUAAACUUUUGCUCAAACAGCAUAAAAUUGGACAUGAAAUCAUAUAACCCACGCUGUUUGCACCAUUUCAUUGCAGAAAUGGAGAAUUGAUCAUCUCACCAUACAAAAAUCCAGCUCACUACUUUCCAUCUAGUACUUCACUGAUUGCCUCCUAUUGAUUUUGUUAAAUUUCAACAGUUUCCGCUAUAAGAAGCGAAUCCAACUGAUCGAAUAUUAUAUCGACAAAAGCACAUACGACCUAUUCAAAUCGAGUUCCAGAGUUCUAUAAUAAUUUAAAGUUACUAUCAGUAAAAAUUAAUUUAAGUUGUUUUUAUAUAGUUGCAAAAGUGCCUGCAAAGUUCUCAUGGACUUUUUAUUAAAAAAGAGUUUAUUUCUCAAAUACACUUAAAAACAAUUCGUAACAAAUAAAUAACAAUAAACAUUAUUGUUGCUUGGGUCAUGUUUGUAUAAUCAAAUACAAAAUCACUUGACAUAUUUUUUAUAGUUUUCGUUUUAAAUUUGAGUACAGUAGAUGUUUCGGUUAUCGAAUGUUAUUCGCUAAAACUUCAACGACUGACAGACGUCAAGCCGUGUUGGCAGAAGAAGCUCUCAAAGAAUAACUGAGGAAGUAGUUAUAGAAAACUAGCUGAAAAGCAGGUUUUAGCCAAGCGAGGACGUUACGACAAGAAAAAGAUGAACAAUGAUUUUUCUAAUGUUUUCCAAUAAAUUAAAGGAAUCUAGCAAAUAGUAAACUACCAUUGAUAACAAUACAAAUACAAUUUGUUUAAUGGGGUCAAUUGAACAGAUGUUAAAAUAAACAUGCAAUAAUAUUUGUUGUUAUGUAAACAGAUUUCGCCUUUGAAAAACCAAAGAAUUCAUAUUUCUCGGUAACAUUUUUCUUCAGCAUUUACAGAUACUAAUGGCCACAUGAAUUGUGAACGAUUUAUGGUAUGGGUCAUACGACCUGAGGUCUGACUUGUGAUAUUUGGCAGUUAUUUGAAAAGAUUGAUGAUAGAUCUUAUCAACAGCUGCCAAGCAACACAUACCAGACAGACAUCAGAGUGUUUGACUCUUAUCAUAAAAUGUGCAUAUCAUUCUGGCGGCCAUUAGUGCUCGUAAAUGCUGGAUAUAAAUGUCAGUGGGAAAUAUAAAUUCUAUGGAUUUUCAAAAGCGAAAACUGCUUACAAAUAACAACAAAUAUUAUUGUAUUUUUAUCGUAACAACGAUUUAUUUGACGCCAUUCAAUAAAUUUUAUUUGUAUUAUAAGAACAAUUAAAAAACAUUGAGAUAUAUUGUUUUCUUUUGAAAAUUGCCCUAAAAAUGUCUCAUAAAAACACAAUACAUUCUAUUGUUUUUCGCGAAAAAGUGUAUGAAAAUUUUCUCAAAAUUUUAUGGUUAAGAUACAUAACGACCACCAUUUUUUAUUGUAAAAGUGCCAUUUACCAUUCGCCGAAUGGUAUAGAACAAUAGGAGUGAUGGUGAGUGUGCUGUGCAAAUUACAAUAUGUUUAAUGGUGAAUAUUUUUCGAAAAAAUGGUGUUGUAACAAUAAAAUUGAUCGUAUUUUUAUGAUAUUUUUUAUCAGGGUAGCUUCAGUUCCGAUAUAGAGAUUUUUCGUCUCCUAGUGAAGGGUACAAUCACAGACAAACAGACGUAACACUUCGAACAUUUUUCGAUUCAAAUCAUAGUCACGGAAACAUAUUCGCCCAAUGCUAAAAGGACUAAGUUUGGCCGACCAUCAACUAGGUGGCGGUAGUGAGCAAACGUCAAACUCGAACAAAAACGAUGCGAGCGCCACGAGUGGGCAGUUGGCCAACUAUCAUAUUUUGAAAAAGACCGAUAAAUCAGUGUACGAUGGGAAUCAUCAGAGUGUUACGUCUGUUUGUCUGUGGUACAAUCGUUGUUUUUGAGGGAUUGAUAUUCAACCAAGAGGCUAGUCGCUUGGAACUUUGUGCCAAGAGGUGCCAAGCACACCGUCCUAUACGCUGUGUGGCACACCGAGGCACACUGAGGCACAAUUUUGACACUUGAGUUUGGGUGAAAAAACUAGGCAACCAUGUGCAUUUGACCUGCAAAAUGAAAACAAACAGUUGGUUGUCUUGGUAGUUACCAAGCAAAAUCUGAAAAAUCAAGCAGUGGCACUUCGGGGCACACUGAGGCACAAUUCAAUACCCGGUGGCACACUGAAAAUAAUUGGCGCAAGUGAAGAUGUGCUAAGCGACUCCCCCUUGUAUUCAACCCUUCAUUUUUGCACCAAACUAAAGUAAAUCUCAAUGCGUCUUGCAUUCGAUUGAAAACAGUAUUGUCAAAUUUCCCACGGACAAUGACAACAAUGUCAUCCGCAAAUCCAACAACUUCAAAACCUUGAUGCUGUAGUUUUGUUAGAAGGUCAUCAACAAUCAGGGACCAGAGGAGGGGAGAUAUUACUCCCCCUUGAGGACAGCCUUGUAUAGCUGUUACCUUCACAACUGAAUCUCCUAAAUGUGCUGAUAUUUCCCUCUUUGACAGCAUUUGCUCUAUCCAAUCGGUUAAACUUCUCGAAAAAUUACGUUUCCUCAUGGCUAUUUUCAUCGAUGCAAAGCUAGCGUUGUCAAACGCGCCUUCGACAUCUAGAAAGGUUGCCAAUAAUAAUUCCUUACUGUUAAAUGUUUUUUCUAUUUUAGUUACUAACGAGUGAAGAGCCGAUAUUGUUGAUUUGCCAGUUUGAUAGGCAAAUUGCGCUCUGUUUAAUGGUUUAUCUUGAAGUAUAUCUGAUUUAAUAUACUCAUCUAUAAGUUUAUCCAUCAACUUCAAAAAAAUAGACGUAAGACUUAUUGGCCUAAACGAUUUUGGCGACGUUUUAUCUUUUUUAUUUGUUUUAGGUAUGAAAACAACUCGGACUUGCCUCCAUUUUGUCGGAAUAUACCUUAAUAAGACACUGGAUUUAAAUAAAGUUAGUAGUAUUGGAAUUAUUGUUAACUUGCGCUUUUGGAGAUGCGCAGGAAAAAUUCCAUCCAUACCUGGACUUCUAAACGAUUCAAAAGAGUCUAAUCACAGACAAACAGACGUAACACUCUUCAAAACGGCUUGGCACUUGCAUUUAACGAUCAAUUCAAAUUUCAUUUGAUUUGCGCGAUCCUUCCCCCAGAGGUGCUAGUGUUCGAUCGCUUUGAGUUUGCCAGUGUAUACGUUGCUGAAUGAUGCAAACGAAAAUUACAGGCGAUUUGUGUAAUAGUGUGCGUGUUAGACAAACGUCAAACUGAAAUCUAUCAUGGCCGACAGUGUCUCGCGCGGUUCUAUCAACAGGUGGCAGUGUGCUCAUAAAAAAGACACCAGGCAAAAGUUUUUAAUGAAUAUCCUCUAAGAGUUACGUCUGUUUGUUUGUGGUCUAAUGCCCAUUCAAUCCUAGGGCAUGUGAAUAUAUAAUUAGCUAAUUCGGAAGCUUCAAAGUUGGACAUUUCCAUUCCAUUCAUUGAGUUCCCAAAACAAACGUCAUCUCAGUAACAAAUUUUGAAAACGACGCAUAAUCAAUGGUGUAGCAUUGAUUAUACGUCGUUUUCAAGAUUUGUUACUGAUCUCUAGUUUGAUCAGAGAGAGAAGGAAGAGAUCCUGGAAAAUGAGUUUUCAUCAUAAGUUCCAGAGUUUCUUGGGUAUUUUUUGUGUAGGAUCCGUCAUCCUUUUUUAAUGUUCCGAGACCAUUGGUAUGAUCUUUUGAGAGUACCUUUUGAAGUCUAGCAGUUUCAGGAACACUUUCAACGCUCUCUCACAUGUGUCUCCAAUUUUUCCGCUUUGAUUUUCUUAUUUCUUUAUUGUACAGUAGACGUUCGAUAAGUGCAACAUGUUUACGUUUCAGUUACCGAAUGAAAUUCGCUAACUGCAACGACUGACAGCCGUCAAACAGUUGUCAAAUGCUGUUGGACGCAGCCAGAGUGCACUCAAAAACAUCGCAAUGCAGCUGUAGUGCAUCCGAAAAACAUCGCAACUCUGUUGACAUUUUGUUUUUGACAGAUAGCGGUGCGAUAACUGCAAAAUUGUUGCACUUAGCGGACUUGCAGUUAAAAAGCAUUGCAGUUAAACCGUUUGCACCGAGCGAACGUCUACUGUAGUUAGUUAAAGCUUCUCUAUAGGGAGCCCAAUUCGAUGUAAGUUUAGCUCGAUUGAACUGUUUACGAGCAUUUUUCCUAAGUUUCCCCAGCCUAUCAUUCCACCAAGGAACGUCUCUGCUUGUGGAGCGCACUUUUGAUGGACAGCUUUCGUUGAAUGCUCUCGUAAGUACAGUUGUUAGGCAGUCAGCUGCCUUUUCAAGCUCAGAACAUGUAGUAAUUUUGUUGAAAGAUAAUUCAUUUUGACAUUCAAUCUUAGAAUAAUAAAGAUUCCAAUUAGUUUUUCGAGGAUCUCUAAAAGUUUCCUUUACAAUGUUUCCCGCAGCGAACUCGAAUAGAAUUUGCCUAUGAUCCGAUAAAUAUUUCAUCAGAUACUUUCCAAUUUGCUAUGUUACCCGAAAGUGUAGAACUACAAAGAGUUAAGUCCAACACUUCUUCCCUUACAGCAUUAAUAAAUGUAGGUGUAUUACCUUUGUUACAUAUGCCAAUGUCGUUUUGAGAUACAAAAUCAAAAAGUGACUCACCUCUACUGUUGAUUCCUGUACUACUCCAAAUAGUAUGGUGGGCGUUUGCGUCACAUCCGAUGAUGAACCCCUUAUUUUGACUUCUACAAUGGGAUACGAAUGCUGCAACUUCCGGAGGAGGUACUUCCUCAACGUCACCAGGAAAAUAGGCCGACGCAACAUAAAUUAUCGUUUUUCCUUUUGUGGUUGGCACCUCUAGCGAAAUUGCAACAAUAUCCCUUCCGAUGAAUUCAGUAAUGGGUGUGUAUUGAGCAUUACUGCUUAUUAGAAUGGCAGCUCUUGGAGUGAGCUGAGUGUCAUCAAAAACUAACUUACAUCCUGUUGUGUGUAAUCCUAAUAUUUUGUGGUUUCUUGUCCAUGGCUCUUGUAAAAGCGCCACGUCCAGUUUGCCCCUUGUAAACGUCUUACUUAAUACUGCUGAAGCUCCCUUUGCAUGAUGAAGGUUUUCUUAAAUAAAUUGUAUGCUUCUUUGAAUCAUUUUGCUUACUGUUUUAUUAUUUAAAUAGACUUACAGGCAGUUUUAUCUGCCCUUGCUUCGAAUUGUUGUUUGUGGGAUUUUAUUUGGCGGUACACCAAAUGAUCAGCUCCUUGUUUAGAAUUGCUAGGCAUUACUAUAUCACUCUUUUCCUUGACGAUUCUUGAAGAGCCUUGACUGCCCUUAUCUGUAUGGGUUCAUUCACAAAUGUCAUAACGCUAAAAUUGGUCGCUUUCAACACCCACCCACCCCUUCGUAACACUGUUUAUAUGGGGAAAAUUUUAUUUUGUUCGAGCUGUAACACCAUGAAGGACACCCACCCACCCCCUCAAGCGUUAUGACAUUUGUGAACAAGCCCUAUCUUCAGGUCUGACUACUGUGCCCAUUUGUACAGUUCCGGUCAUCUCUACGCCCGUUGUAUUCUUGCUAGUGCCGGGAACCUGCUUGGGCUGAUCUACGCAGCUCCUAGGUAACUCCUCAUUAAUAUCGUUGGCUCCUUCAGUUUGAUCGCCUUCAGAGCUCUCUGUUUUUGGAUUCCUCUUUCUUAUGUAGGCCACUCCAAAUUUGUAGUCAAUCGUGAACUUGCAAUCUUCUAGAGACCUCAUGGAAACAG